CCGCCGAGAUGAGCGCGCCGGGGAAAGCGCGCCGCGAGCGAGGCAGCCUGGCCGAGUACGAGACGCAGGUGAAAGAAAUGCGCUGGCAGAUGGGCGAGCAGGUCCGCGGUCUUGACUCUCAGGCGGAGAGUCGGCAACAGUUACUGCAAGAUGUGGCUGACUUCUUGCGCCGCAAGGCUGAAGUGGAGCAGGAGUAUUCCCGGGGACUGGAAAAGCUAUCCGAACGUUUCUCGGCUAAGAUCCGCGGCUCCAAGGAGCACCAGAAUUUCAGGAAGGACCAAAACCUCCCGUCCCCCUUGAAUUGCUGGUACACGAUCCUCAACCAGACGCGGCAGGCGAGCCGGGAUCACGGGGCGCUGAGCGAAAUCUACACAGGCCACUUGGCACUGCGGUUGGUGCACAUCAGUGAGGAUGUGGGACGACUGGCCCGAAAAAGCAAAGAGAUGGAGCAGCAGACGCAGGAUGAGCUACUGAAGGCAAUUUCAGAGCUGCAGAUGGCUAUGAAGACAUAUCAGACGUACCGCAUUGACUGCUUGAAUGCUGAGGCGAAGCUGCGUGAAGCUGAGCGGCAAGAGGAGAAGCGCAGUGGAGGGAGGCACCCUGAUCCUGGGGGGUCCCCCGGGGGCGCUGGGCUUGACAAGAUGUCCCGUCGCACGUCCCUCCGAAAGGUUGAGCGGCUGCUGGAAAAGAGACAGUCUAAGUUCCUGGAGAACAAGCUGAAGUGCGCCAAGGCCCGAAAUGACUACCUGUUGAGCCUGCAUGCCGCCAACGCUGCCAUCAGCAACUAUUACGUGCGCGAUGUGGCUGACCUGCUAGAUUGUUUCGACCUCGGCUUCCACCUUUCCUUGGGCAAGGUGCUGAGGACUUACCUAGCAGCAGAGUCUCGGGCCCAAGCGUCAUGGCAGCAGGGACUGUGCACCAUUGAAGGAGCUGUGGAUGCCCUGGACCCGCAGGGGGAUAAGUCCAGGUUGAUGGAGGCCAACCCUUCAGCUUACUGCCCUCCUUUGUGCUUCGACUACCAGCCUCAUGAGGGCGACGAGGUGUCCGAGGUCCGGGCUGAGGGUCCCCUGAGAAACGAACUGGUCUCCCGAUUCCAGCAUAUCCAGUCACGCCUCAAUGCCAUCACCCUGGAGACGGAUGAGGUGCACAAGACUCUGAAGGCCACCAUGCAAAGCCUGAAAGAGUUGUUGUCAGCAGAGGAGCCAGAGGCACUUGAUGCCUUUCAGGGCUGCCAGUCCACUGAGUCGCUCAAGUCUACGGGCUCUGAUGCAGGUGGGAAGCAGGCGUUGGCAAAGCGCCGGGCCAACCAGCAGGAGACGGAAAGCUUUUACAUCAUGAAAUUCAAAGAAUAUCUCUCCGGACGAAGCAUUCAAACCAAACUGCAAGCGAAGCAUGACCAGAUGAAGGAGGCGAUAGAGAAGGGUGCUGCAGUGGAUCGAGAGCUGGCCAGGCCACAGUCCCAGCGCAUCCGCCGUUCCCGCCCUCCCUCGUGCUACCACCACAAGCUCUUCGAGGGGGACCUGCAGGCCUUUUUGGAGAGCUCAGGCCAGGCUGUUCCGCUUGUGGUGGAGAGCUGUAUCCGCUUCAUCAACCUCCAUGGGCUCCAACAUGAAGGCAUUUUCCGAGUGCCAGGUUCCCAAGCACAGGUAGCAGAGAUCCGGAAUGCCUUUGAGAAAGGUGAGGAUCCGCUAGCUGAUGGCUUCACGCAGCAUGACCUGGAUUCAGUGGCUGGAGUGCUGAAACUGUACUUUCGGGGGCUGGAGAAACCCCUCUUCCCUUGUGAUAUUGUUCCUGAGCUGCUGGCAACGGCCCAACUGGAAUCUUCAGCUGAGCGCAUCUCCCACCUCCGAGCCCUUGUUUCCCAGCUCCCGGCUGCUGUGCUGGUCGUUCUGCGGUACCUCUUUGCCUUCCUCAACCACUUAUCUCAGUACAGCGACGAGAACAUGAUGGAUCCCCACAACCUAGCCGUGUGCUUUGGCCCCACCCUGGUGACGGUCCCUCCAGGCCAGGAUGCCGUGUCGGUCCAGCCCCACAUCAACGAGGUGGUGAAGUGCCUGAUCGUGCAUCAUGAGGCCAUCUUCCCUGGAACCAGCCAGCUGCCCGGGCCCCAGUAUGAGAAGGUCAUGGCGCUGGACGAGGAGUACUGUGACGUGUUACCACUGGAGGCCACAGCAGAGGAGCCCGAGACAGAGGGGACCCCCGAAACUCCAGCUAGUGAAGAUGAGUGCGACUUGCAAUCGGAGGCCGUGCCCCGCUCUGCUUCCAUCGUUCAACACGAGGAGCGGUUUGCGCCGCAGCGAAUGGCCCAGGUCGGCUGGCGGCGAGGUGGCAGCAACCGAGGACUUGUGCCUCCCAUUGUCUUGUCUGACAGCGAGAAACAAUCUAGCCCCCGGAGUUCCAGGUUAGAGAUUGACACGGGACCCUCUCUGGAUGAGCUGCUCCCUGAACCCGCCAGCAGGCUGCGGGGGAAUUCGGACGCAGGCAGCGGGGGACGCCAGCAAGGUGGGAGCAGCCCUAUCCGCAAGCUGGCCUCGCCCUUCAUGGAGGGGGGUCGGCUGCCCUUCCCCCUCUUGCCACCUGCUCACUCCAGGGCCUUUCACCCCACUGAAAGGCCAGAGCGCUGGGGUGACGUUUGCCCACGGCCCUGGGGAGGCAACAGUUCUGAGAAGCAGGGGCCAACGGAGAGACGGGUGGAGGUAGAUAAGGAGGUUGCCAAGAAUAUGGAUUCUGUGUUCAGGGAACUUCUCGGAAAAACGACCUUGAAGCACAGGGCCCCCGAUGACCCCUUCAGCCACCCUGAGCCACCAGACCCCACGAAGAGCAACCUGCUUGGGAGGAAGGGCGCCACCCCUGCCAAGCAGGCCUCUUCUAACAGGAUGCUUCCACGGGGCAGGGUGGUCUUCAAGUCUUCGGGGAACGGAGAGUGAACCAGACUUGGGGUGGGGGUUAGGUGUCCCCAACAUGACCUGCCCAAUACUGUGAUUAUCUCCACCACCACCGCCGCCGCCCUCCCCUUCAUAUUCUGAAUACCAACUCAGGGCAGAUGUCUCCCUUUCUCCCAGCCCAGUUGCAGAACGAUUUGGGAGGGUGGUAGGAAAGUUGGCCAUUCCGAUUUUAUUGGGAGUUUGAUUUCCAAGCCAAAUGUUUAAGGGGCAUUUGCUUUAUCCGGUGUGUCCUCACGCACUGGAUGAGAGUCUGAAGGGUUGUUUUCUUUUUUUAAUGUCGUGGAUGUGGGUGGAUGCUUAAACAUACGGCAAGCUUUUUGAGUUGUGUUUGGGCCUGGCACCCCACCCAUUCCAUCUCUCCUCUGCUACAAAACGGUUUGCACUUGGAUUUGCAUGUGAAAGUGGUGAGGGGGUCCUGGGAGCCCGUUUCUUGGUUGGGAGGGGAAUAUUGUCUAGUGGGUUACAAUGCAAAGUGUUGAAAGGGAGGACUCUCUCUUGUAUGUGUGUUCUGUUCCUAACAUGCUUCACAGAGGUCCUCACCAGCUGUGCUUUCCUCCCUCCCUCCUUCCCUCCCUCCCUCCUUCCCCCGCAAACCCCCCCCCCGAUGUAUCCCUUGGUGCUUUACACAUUUGUCUGAAUUUGUAAACUCUUCCCCCCACACUCUCCCUGGUGCAACCUCAUCCAUCCCUGCACGCAUCACCCUCCUACAUUGGGGCAAUAAGGGGACAUAGUUGGGGUGGGAAUUAAUGUGCCAAUUCUUUUCCCAGCAUACAAGGUCCAGUUCGUUCCCUUCCUCACCCCCCCACCCCCACUUAAAAAAAGAAGAAGUCUUAACCGCUCAGUAUUAAUCAGGGCUGUGUGUACUCUCUGCUUAAAAUUCUGUGCAAAGAAAAGGUGAAUUCUGCAACCUGUAUAAAUUAUGCAAAUCAAGCAAACUUGCGUGGAUUCUCUUAUUCCCCCCCCCCAUAAUUCUGCAUGUGCUAGUCAGUGGGGUAGAGUUGGAGGAUAUACAGGGCACUGAAACUCCAUCGUCUGGCUACUGGAAAUUUUUCUCGGCCACUUUCGUGGCUUCCGAGAUUUCAGCAGACAUCGAACCCCUAGAAAUUUGCUCUUUAAAAAAUAAACUGAGAUUCUCACAAAGUGGAAUUCUAUGACCGAUACACCAUCCUGUGU